CAGGCCCUACGCCCCACAGGUCACAGGAUGGGGUGUGCUUGUUUUUAGAGGAUCAAGGAAAUCCCUACCUCUUUAAGAACAGCUCCUCCCUUUUCCAAUAACCCCUCCAGAAUCCGAGUCCAGUGGAGCAUUUGCUCUUAAAAAUCGCCCAGGACAGACAGGACUUGGACCUACAAGUCAAACAGAGAAAAGGUGAGAGGAGGAAAGGGCUGGUGCUGUGAAGGGCUGAACGGGAGCUUGGCAGCCAUGGGGCGGAGAGUGGCCAUCGUUGGAGCCGGUGUCAGUGGCUUGGCUGCCAUCAGGAGCUGUCUGGAGGAGGGGCUGGAGCCCAUCUGCUUCGAGAGGAGCGAUGACGUGGGCGGCCUGUGGAAGUUCUCGGAACGUGUGGAGGAGGGCAGGGCGAGCAUCUACCCGUCCGUCUUUGCCAACUCUUCCAAGGAGAUGAUGUGCUUUCCAGACUUCCCCUAUCCUGAGGACUUCCCCGUCUUCAUGCACAACCGCAAGCUCCAGGAAUACAUCACCUCAUUUGCCAGAGAAAAGGGCCUUCUAAAACACAUACAAUUUGAGACACUUGUAUCCAGUAUAAGUAAGCGUCCUGAUUUCUCAACUACCGGCCAAUGGGAUGUUGAAACUGAAAAGAACGGUAAAAAAGAGUCGGCUGUCUUUGAUGCUGUUAUGAUCUGUUCUGGACAUCAUGUAUACCCCAAUCUACCAAAAGACUCCUUUCCAGGUCUGGAGCUCUUCGGGGGCCAGUGCUUCCACAGCAGGGAGUACAAGGACCCGGGCCUGUGGAAGGGGAAGCGAGUGCUGGUGAUUGGCCUGGGGAACUCAGGCUCUGACAUUGCCAUAGAGCUCAGUCGCGUGGCUGAAAAGGUCGUCGUCAGCUCCAGAAGUGGCUCCUGGGUGCUGAGCCGGGUCUGGGACGAUGGCUACCCCUGGGACAUGGUGUUCAUCACGCGCUUUCAGACGUUCCUCAAGAACAGCUUGCCCACAGCCAUCUCUGACUGGUGGUACAUGAAGCAGAUGAACUCAAAGUUCAAGCACGAGAACUACGGCUUGAUGCCUCUAAACGGAGCCCUGAGGAAGGAGCCCGUGUUCAAUGAUGACCUCCCCGCCCACAUCCUCUGCGGCAGGGUCUCCAUCAAGCCUAACGUGAAGAAGUUCACAGAGACCUCGGCCGUGUUUGAGGACGGGACGGUGUUUGAGGCCAUCGACUGCGUCAUCUUCGCCACAGGCUACGGUUAUGCCUACCCCUUCCUUGACGACUCCAUCAUCAAAAGCAGGAACAACGAGGUCACCUUGUACAAAGGCAUCUUCCCCCCUCAGCUGGAGAAGUCCACCUUGGCUGUGAUUGGCCUCGUCCAGUCCCUGGGGGCUGCCAUCCCCACUACGGACCUGCAGGCCCGCUGGGCAACCCGAGUCAUAAAGGGAACUUGUAGUUUGCCUUCCAGGAAUGACAUGAUGAGUGACAUUGAUGAGAAAAUGGGGAAGAAGCUCAAAUGGUUCGGCAAGAGCGAGACCAUACAGACGGACUACAUCGUUUACAUGGACGAACUCGCCUCCUUCAUUGGGGUGAAGCCCAGCAUCCCGUGGCUGUUCCUCACGGAUCCCAGAUUGGCCGUGGAAGUUUUCUUCGGCCCCUGCAGCCCCUACCAGUUCAGGCUGGUGGGCCCAGGGAAGUGGCCAGGAGCCAGGAACGCCAUCCUGACCCAGUGGGACCGGACACUGAGGCCCACGAGGACGCGCGCAGUGGGGGAGAUGCGGAAGCCUUGCCUGCCCACCCAGCUCUUCAAGUUCCUGGCUCUUCCCCUUCUGCUCCUUGCUGUUUUCCUUGCGUGGGUCUAACCACCAUUCCUGCCACAGUCUCUGGGUUACUACUGGUAGGAACUUAGCUAUUUAAAAAUUGAGAUUUCACACACCCUGCAUUCCUGUUGGGGAUCAUCUGCAGCACCCUGCAGACACUGGGCGGUGAAUCAGUUGCUUCCUAGGCUUUUAAGGAGACCCUUUCAGAUUCAUGUCACGGUCUCAGCAGAUCAUUAGCUAUUUCUCCUUCCUUUCCAGUCUCACUUCAUGAUCAGAAUGGGCUUCUUCAGGUCUAAAUCAUCUCCUGAAACAUUUCCUUCUUUAAACGUUGUUUAAAUAUGCGCUUCACGUGUAAUCAAAUACAAAUCAAGCAGAAUCUUAGUUAUCAUGGAUAUUCCUAGGCUGCCUCCACCAUUUGCAGGAUCUAGAGGAUGGUCUGGCCUUAUGUUCUAUUUUGUUUCAUGCAGCCUGCUCUGGGCAAUACCUCCUGUUUCCUGGCCAAGAAACAGCAGAGACCUGGCCAAUGUACUGAGUUAACACAAAGUAGCUCAUUUUAUUCAUGUUCUCAAUAAGGAAAUCAACUCUGCAAAGUGUAGCAACAAAAUAACAGCAACAAUGAGCACAGUGCCACAUGCACCUUUUAGUUGAACAGAUAGGCUUUUCAAAAACAUUAAAUGUUUUACCAAAACUGUAACCAAAUCUAACUCAACUCUUAUAAAUUGAACUUCUGAGGUAA